GCAUUGCAACAAAUCACAGCACUGUGAGACAAUCAUUAAAUUAUGAGAUGCAUGCAGAUAAACCCGGCAUCGCAGCCAGAUUUUGAGGUUGAAAAGCGAGUUAAAAGGAAGAUAUAAGCGUUAUAGCGAGUAUUACUGAACACUAACACUUAUUCAGCCGCCAACGUAUUUUGACGUUUGUCUUCGUUAUUGUAUUGUAUCUGACGUGGCAAUUUAGUCUGCAUGCCAAACAAAAUCAAACGUUUGGGAUCUGCGUGAAAUCAAAUCGAUAAAUUUGCAUUUUUGUAAACAACUGAAGGAUGACACAAACGUGUUGCUGGUGAGGUAAUGCUGGAAGGUGUGGAAAGAGAGCGAAUGCGCACUGAAAGAAAAGUGUUGCAUGAAAGUGCGCCAAAAUAGGGACCAGAUGGGCUGGGAGAUGUGGAAAACGGAGCUAAUUUACGGAUAAUUUAGGAACAUUUGUUGAAGAUUUCUUUCAACCACGUUGCUGUAAUCUGGAGGGUUGUUCUAUCUGCUGACUCUUAGGCGGGCUAAGUGUAUUCGGAUAACGUUAAUGCGAAAAUAGGAACGGUUCGUCUAAAUUCCUUGAGAUGGAGCCCUGCACCCCGCGCUGGGUUUAAGUUGAAAGGAUAUGGGACAUACGACGACAGGGACUCCAAAAUUAAAGGCGAUUGCUGCACUAGUGUUCCUGGUCGUCGCCGGCGUUUCAGCAGAGGUGAAAUGUGGGAGCAUUUAUAAAGGCUUCUCCGACUGUGUGCUGGAGCUGGGAGAGGGCAUGGCGAACUACCAGGAGGAGGAGGACAGUGAGAACGGAGUACAGGUGGUGUGCAGCCACUGGGAGGCGUUCCACUCCUGCGCUACCAACGCGCUGUCGGAGUGUCAGGAGGACGUGAGUCGCAUUUGGGAGAGGUUGAAGGAGGACUCCAAGAAGAUCCGCUUCCAGGGGAGCCUGUUUGACCUGUGCGCCCCCAGCGCGGCUCCCAGCCUUCACCCACAAACCCACACUCUGCCCCUGCUGCUGCUGCUGCUGCUGCUACUGCUGGGCUCCCCCGUCUGGCUCCCCCUGUAGGUUCCCUUCUGCCACUGCACGCCCCAAAACUCCCCAUAUGGCCUGUUCGAGUGGAUCUCCAGAAACUCCAGAGUCUUUGGAACAAACCAUUGAGGCAAGGGGAGAGGGGUGCGUGGAGUAGGGUAGGGUAGGGUUUUAAGGACAGGUCAAGCAGAAAUGGAUAGGAGCAGUUUACGUAUUUUUCAAUUGUUCGGAUGCCAUGGAUUUGAUAAGUGUUUCAGUUCCCUACCAAUAAGAGCAGCUACACGACAUGACAAUCAAACCUCUCUCCAGCGACACCCCCCACCCCCACUCCCACCCCCGGCCGCCAUUCUUUCUCCUGCUCCGCCCCCUAAGGCUGGAGUUCAACAGCUGCUAUCAAGAAACCAAAAACUUUAGAACAGGCUUUGGGAUUUGGGUUCUACUUAAUGGAAGUUUCAGUUGUCUUGUUAGAGCAGGUAAAAUGCAGGUAAUACAGAAUUCUGACUAUCAUUCCAAGCUUUGAGCACCUUAAACACAUCUUUGAGCUCAUCUUAAAAUGGUUCUACACCAAAAGGACAGGAACAAUGCGUCAAAUGAUCUUUUGGUGUGACGGCCCUUUCUUGCUCAAGGUACUGAACUAUAAGGCUGUGAAUGAAGGAUCAGCGUCUUAGUUUUAUUCCUCUUCUUAUACUCGAACACACCUGCAUCCAUUAUUACCAUGCUAAUUCUGCAGAGUCAUCAAAAGCCUGUGUCCGAUCUAGUACCAGAGUGCUUUGUCCACAAUGUUUUAGUUUAACUGUGUUGUUACCAUUGGCUUUGUUUAAUCUAAAAGCCAAACUUAAUGAAAAUGGUUGGGCGACAAGCAAGGAGACAUAACUACUGCGUGAAGUGUAAGGACACAGUGCUUUAUGUUCAGACAGAAUGCUGUAGUCUCACGAUAUUGACGUAGUUACCCACUGUGCUUUGCUUCAGUCCAUUCUAGCACUUCCUGUUGGUCACCACAUCCUGAAAGCACAGCUGUCACGUGUGAGCUCGCGUAGAAGCGUAGAUGCAGCCUUUUUUGUGAAAAAUUGUGAAACAUCCCCUGUAAACUCAGUUCUGUUUAGCUGUAGACAAUCAGGGAUUCUACCCAAAAAUAAGCCAAACCUGCAAGAUUUGAGCGAGAUUUAGAGAAACACGCCAUUCGGGCUGGAAGCCAUGCUCUUCGACAGCUAAUUGCUCACUGGUCUGACUUUCCUCUCAAACCAGGUUACCGUUACACACAACGCUCAAGCAAUACAAGCGCAUUGCAGGUAUCAUAGAGACUGACUACAGUAUAAUACUGUUGUGUAAAUGAGCCAUGUGAAAUAUUAGGGGCUGUGUUUGUGACACCUACAAAGCAUAAGAUGCAUACCCUUGUGCAUUGGAAUGCACAGCCAGAGUUAAUUCCAUUUUCUGAUGGAAGUUAAAAAAAAAAGGUUACGUAGUGAGUGUUGAUAAAAUUAUAAAAUUAUAAAUUAUAAAAAAGAUGAACUAGAUAGUGACACUAUGAGUGGAAGAGACAUACUGGAGGUUAGGUUCUGUGUGUGGAGGUUGGACUGACAUCUCUUUGGGUUCCAUUUGAAAAACUUCCGUAAUUUUCUAUAUAUAUUUUAAAAAAGGAAUUGCUCCAAUAUAAUUGAAUAGCACACUAUAAAGCUCUGUGAGCUUGUAAUGGGUUUUAAAGUGCUGGUAAUUAGGAUUAUCCCUAAAUGACCAGACAGAGGACAUCACUGUAAUCCUACGGAGACCAAAACGACAUCUGCAUAGUAUGUAAGUGUGUGAGUUAAACGGCUAUUCUUAAUGAACGUAGUAGUUAUGAGGGCCCUAGCCUAGCCAUAGGGGAUAAAGUAAGUGCAAAUACAGUAUGAGAACACAUUAGCAUGGGGUACUUCGCAGGUGACCUUAUCAUUACUGUUUUAAUCUAAUUAGAUAUAGCCGUUAGAUUAUAUUACUUAGGAAUGAGCAGAGUAUUUUGAUAAGGUUAGCCUUAUCAGAGAACUCACUGGCAUACAUUAUACAUCACUGUUUCAUUUAAUAAGGCUAGUUACGGUAAGAAAAAACAGAUCACUGAAUAACAGCAAUAAAUUAGUGACUGUAGUGCAAUAUAACUAUAUAUUAUAUGUCUGAUUACAUGUUUAUUUGUUUGAUUAUUUACUGAUUUGUUCAUUUUUGGUGUGGAGCUAAUAGGCUUCAUAAUAAAAAUGUUCCCGUCUUUACAGAUACCCACAACAGAGAAUGAAAAACAGUCCUUUUUCCUGUGGAAAAAACAGAUUAAACUACAACAAUGUGUGUGACAUUCUGCAUUUCCCCCAGGGAACAAAAUCAAAGAAAUGUGUUCCACAGCACAAUAAGACAGCACAAGUACAUCUUUUAACAUAAAACGAAUGAAAAAAGUACAUUGGCAGAAGAACAUCUAACUUUGCCCAGGUAUGACUCUGUAAAGUGAACAGCAAUCGCAUGUCCUGAGUAAACUUUUAAUUUUUUCAUUUUCUCUCAAAAUCUUUUUCACUCCUGCUGAACGAAAGAUAAAUAUGUGAGUUCUGUUUCUAAUGAAUAGUGCAAAUUUCAUUUUUUAUUUUUGACUACUCACCUAACCCAAGUGGCUACAUUAAAGGAAGGAUAGUAUUUUGUUCAUUCAAGCUGCGUAUAUCUUGUUGAGUACUUACAUCUGAGAUAUCAAACAUCGUCCUCAGUGCUUGUUUCAGAAUUGCCAAAUGUUUUUUCUGGCACAUUCCACUUAUUGUAUUUUUAAAGAAAGCGUAUUCUACUAUGUCCUUAGUUCCCAUAGCACAGGUUCUUUGGUCAGCUAUCUACUGUGUUACAUAAGUUAUUGUCAUGUUAAAUGUAUAAUUGCAUUUGACAGAGAGAGGAAGAGAGAGGGGGAGGGAGUACACUUGAGAUAUCUGUUUAUCAUCAAAGUGAGCAAGUGAAACAACCAAGGCCCAUAUUCAUUCAAACAUUAGCAGUGUGUACUUUGAGUAAUGCAUUUAAAGUAGUGUUAUACCCCCCCCCCCCCCUGCUUCCCCCCAUCCUUGACAUACUGUACUUCCUAAUGCCAGUGACCACUAAACUCAUAAUACUGUGUUUUUAAAAGAAGAACACCUGCCAAAAUAUAUUAUUUACGUUUGCGAGUGGAUUAUACCCGAGCCUAAGGAAGCUGUUUUUUGCAUAAGAAAAUACUGGUAAGUGCUGAAGUAAAUGCCAUCAUGACCAACCAUGAAAGCACAGAGGGGAAGGAGCAGAGAGAGGAGUAGCUCAGUUAAAUAUGGAAUUUGCCCAAAAGGUGUCUCCCAAGGGCACAGGAAGCUGUACGGUGACGGUGCAUUGUGGGUAAUAGGUGGCCCAGUAUCAGUGUCAUAUGCUUGUUUUCUCCAGGCAGCUACAUCUGGGAUGUAUUAAGGACUGUUUGCCCCCUGUUAAAAGCAUGUCACCCUCUGAUGGAGACCUUGGCUGAAAGGGCCAGUGUCUGCCGCCCUGUGUGGUGAGCAGGAAGUGUGCGUCUCUGUAUGUGCACGACCCGGAAGCAGUUCUUUCCUCGGCAGCGGAAGCCAAAUAACGAUGCCAAGAAGCCUAGUCUUCCCCCCCUCCCUCCCGUCACGGAAUGCCAAGAAGUUGUAUGGUUCUUUUCUUCUCUUUCCUCUGGAUAUUGUAACUCUUAUUCUGAUUGGUUCGUGGCGACGUGUGCUCCGUUUUGAUUCGUUAAUGGGGUCCAUUUGUUCCUUUAUUGUGGAGUUCUGCAUGGUUUUUGUCUUGAGAAGUCUUUAGACGUGUAGCGGUCUCUGCUGGCAGCCUGUCCUGUUUUCGGCUCUUUGCCCCUGUUUUUGGCUUCCCGGACCCUCAGCCAUGACCCCAACCCCCAGCGGCCCCCUGUCCUGUGGCUCAGCCAGUAUGCUAGUAGGGCAUGAUGGGUAAUCCCACAGUCCAAGACAGGCAGUAGAGGCAAAGCAAACAAGGGCACUGCCUUUCCCAAAGCUCAGUCUCUAAGCUUGGUGUUUUUCUCUCUCUGGUUAGGGAUGCACAGAGUUCUGUUGCAGCCCUGCUGGGCAGCCAGAACAGGGGCUUCGAUAACAAGACAGGACAGGCUGCCACUCUGCAUAAAAAAUAAAUACAUUUUGGGUAUUAAUUCAAAGUAUGGAAGAAAAUAGCUAUGUCAAGAGUGCUUUUUGAAGAAACGCUACUGAAUGUCAAAUAAGAUAUGCUGUAUGUAGUCUUUAAAAAAACACACCAACAUCUAAAAAAUACAUCUUAUUUAUAAAAUAAAA